UUGAAGUAUUAUUUGUUUCUUAAGCAUUUUCAUCGAAAUUAUAAGUACCCUAUCAGGAUCGCGUAUUAUUUUCUCGUGAGUUUUAUCAGCCUUAAAUAUUCACUUACUUUUCGUAUUAUUCGUGCAUUCUUAAAAAAGAAUCUGUAUUGAGAAAUAAUUAUAAAAAUAUAUGUAUUAAAAAAUAGUUAGAAAUUUUAAAAAGUUUUUCAUUUCAGUUAUCAUUUACAUGAUAUUAUUUUUGAAGUUUUAGGAGAUUUAAAUUUAGGAAUUAUAUUUAAUACUUGAACUAUGCUGAUUCUUUUAGCAAGUAUAAAUGUAUCAUUUUAUGAAAAUUUAAAAUAGUUGAUCAUGCUUCAACUUAAUCAAGUUAUCAUUACAAUAACACUGAUUCAUGUGCCUAUAAAGCUCAGUACAUCUCAAAGGCUUGUUCUUACACAAUAUUUGAAACAGAACACACUGAAUCAGAAAAUUUAAGGAUACAUAUUAUGAUGGAUGCAAGUGAAGUACCUUCUAAAAAAUUAAGUAAAAACUGUGACUUGAUGGAGAAUUUGGUUGAGAAUUCAACACAAAUCAUUAAGAUACAUGAAAAAGAAUGUAUUGAAUCAGAAAAUUUAAAAACACAUUUUGAGAUGGAUUCAAAUGAAAUAUUUUCUGAAAAAUUAAGUGAGAACUGUGAUUCAAUGGAGAGUUCAGCUGAUCAUCCAAUGCAAACUUCUAAAGCUGAUGAAAAAGAACAUAUUGUAUCGGAGAAUUUAACAACGCAUGAUAUAAUGAAUUCGAAUGAUAUACUUCAUGAUAAACAAGGUGAUGACUAUGAUCUGAUGGAUAAUUCUGAUGAACAUAUGCCACAGAUAGAUAUGUCCCAUCCGUAUAAUUAUUCAAGCCAAAUGUUUUCUGAAGAAUUAAGAGAGAAUAAUGAUCUAAUUGGUAGUUCAGCUGAACAUUCAACUCAAACUGGUGAUAUGUCCCCUGUGUAUGAUUUUUCAAGUGAAAUGUUUUCUGAGGAAUUUGGAGUGAACAGUGAUUUGAUGGAGAGUUCAGAUAUCCAUUCAGCACAGAUGCAUCAUAUGUAUAAUUUGGCCUUUAAUAUACAGAAUAAAUUACUAAAAAAAUCAAAAUCUCGUACUAAUCCAAAAGAUAGAAUUGUUAAAGAUCGUGUGUGUGACCAAUGUGGGAAAUCAUUUCGGGGCAAAAGUAAUUUAAUGCGUCAUUUACGUAUUCAUACUAAUGAGAAACCAUAUGUGUGUGAGUUAUGUGGCAAAGCAUUUAAUCAAGGAAGUACUUUGCGAUCACAUAUACGUACCCAUAGUGAAGAAAAACCUUAUAUUUGUGAAGUCUGUAGUAGAGCAUUUGCAAAUAGAUCCAAUUUAAAAUCCCAUUUGCGUACUCAUUCAACAGAUAAACCUUAUACUUGUGAUAUCUGUAUGGAAACAUUUAAGAGAAAAAAUCUUUUAAGAGAUCAUAUUUUGACUCAUACAGGUGUGGCACCUUAUGCAUGUAACAUAUGUAAUAAAACGUUCAAUGUAAAAUGCACAUUGCAGCAGCAUUUACUUACUCAUAAUAAAGAUAAACUGUAUACUUGUGAACUCUGUGGAAAAUCAUAUACCCAUAGAUGUAGAUUGAAGAAUCAUUUAAUCACUCAUGAAAGUGAGAGUCCUUUUAUAUGUGAAGUGUGCAAGAAAGGAUUUUCUAACAAAAGUAAUUUAAUUGUUCAUUUGCGUAUUCAUACGCAAGAGAAACCUUAUAUUUGUGAGGUCUGUGAUAAAGCUUUCACUCAAAUAAGUACUUUAAAAUCGCAUAUAUACACUCAUAAAAAAGAUGAAAAACCUCAUAAAUGUGAGACUUGUGGAAAAGCUUUUACAAGGAAGGAUAUAUUAAGAAAGCAUUCAUCAUCACAACACAUGAAAAACUUACCUCCUAUUGAAAUACCUAGUGAAAAAUAAGCUUUCUUCUCUGUCAAAAUAAAACUUGGGAAUAGGAUACAGAAUAUUGACAAAAUUUUUUUGAAUACAAUGGGAAAUCAUUUAAUAAUAAUAGAAUUUUUUAUUCAUAUGUAUGUGAACUAAAAAAUUUAUGUUGACACUAAUGCUUUAUUAGAUAUAUUUGCAUGGAAAUCCAAUAUAUUGUGCUUAAUUAUCAGUACUUUUUUUUUCUCUAAUUGUUGGUAAAGCCUUAACUUCUUGAGUUGACUUUGAGGUAUGUGUGCCUAAACUAUUUUUAUUUUCAUUUAUGUAGUUGUGAUAGUUGAAAGCAUUUUCUCUGAUGAUGCUUCAGUUUAUUAUCUUUUUCUUUGCCACAGAAAAGAGCUUGAAGUAUAGAGGUACUUCAUAUUAUUCUAUGAUUAGCAAAGUUAUGUUAUUGUAUUUUUUAAUCAUUACUUGCAAUUUAGACUAUUAAUGAAGAGAAUAUGCAUUUGUCGUCAUUCAUCAUUAUGAUUUCAACUUAUCAAAACAAUGAUCAAAUUCGGAUCUGAUUGAUCAAUCUAUAAGUACCAGCUAUUGGAUACUUAUUUUACCUAAAUUUUAGUUCCUCUUGCUAUAUUAUUUAUUAUAUGUGAACAUAUAUGUUAUUUAAUACAUAUUCACCAUUGCUUUUUGUUAUGAAAUGGUAAUCAAGUUUUAUUUACGCAAAUAUAUAUAUCUAGAAUUAAGUAUUUAGUAUUGUUCCAAUAUUAAUGAAAUGGGAAUACUAUUAGAUGUGAAGAAAUGAAAAUAUUGUGAUUUCUUUUGUAUAAAGUGGCAUGUUAUUGGUAAUAAAUGGUAGU